UUUGAAUGUCUAAAGCUUUCUUUCUUUAGCAAAUUGUAAGGAUGAAUUAGAAAUGAUAUGUCUGUAGUAUCCAUGGAUCCAUGCAGAACUGCAUAAAUUAGACACUACCUCUUUUUCAUACACGCACGUACACACACCACCCCUUUUUAUGUGGUCGUGAUCAAAGUACAAACCAGCCUGAGGAUUCUGAACGUAGCUUACCGAGGGGAGAAGAGCUGUUUUGAUAAGUCUACAGAACCUCAGGACCAUUCAACAUGGAAGGACUAUUUCUUAAACCUCUGCUCAGAAGAAUCACUACUUUGCUUUUCCAACACACUGCAAUUGUACUUCUCCUGACACUCGUUUGCAUAGGACAUUCACAGAUCAGUCCUUCUGAGCCAUUAAUAGCAGUGGCUGGUGAUGACGUUGUUUUGCCGUGCCAGCUGGAACCUCCUGUGGAUGCUGUUCAGAUGACAAUCGAGUGGGGAAAACCUGACCUGAACCCCAGAUUUGUGUUUGUGCGGCACAAUGGACAGGAACUUCAGACUGACCAAAACACAGCCUACAAGGGAAGAGUGUCUCUGUCCAUCGAUAAGCUAAAGCACGGAGAUGUUUCACUAAAGCUGUCCAAAGUGAAAAUCUCUGAUAGUGGAAGAUACAGAUGUUACAUUCCACAACAGAGUAAAGAAUAUUUUGUUGAGCUUCUUGUUGGUGCUUCCUCCCAACCCAGUGCCAAGUUAGCAGGACUCGAUAAAGCAAGCAGUGGAGUGAUGCUGGACUGUAAGUCUGCAGGCUGGUAUCCAGAGCCUGAAGUAAUAUGGAUGGAUGGUGAUGGAAACCUCCUCUCUGCUGGACCUACGGAAGCACUCAGAGGUCCUGAUGACCUCUAUACUGUCAGCAGCAGAGUAACUGUAGAAAAGAGACAAAACAACAACAUCACCUGCAGAGUCCAACAGAAAAACAUCAACCAGAGCAGAGAGACACACAUAUAUGUUCCAGAUGAUUUCUUCAUGGCUCCAGCAAGCUGUGUUGUUCCUGUCACCUUUAAUGUGAUUUUCUGCCUCAUAUUUGUUCUUGCAGUCGCUAUUUUUAUGUGGAAAAACAAGAUGAAAGCUCCUACCACAGAAUGUCAGUCUUUCCUGGAAGAUUUGGGCAACAAAAAUGGAAAACUUGAUGAAGAGUUAAAAGCGUGUGUGGAAAAACAAAAUAAUGCAGUACAGAAGAUGACUGAUGUUCUAAAGGAGAUUUUGACUCAAAUAAAGGAGCAGAAAGAACAAUUUAUCAGCCAAACAAAGGAGGCAGAAAGACUGGCUACGGAGAAUGAGGAGAAGAUUAGAUUAGUUGAAAAUGAUCCUGCAGUAAAGGGAGAUAAAGCAAAGGGAUACUUAAAACUAAAAGAAAUCAUGAUCGAUGUCAAAGGGGAAAUAGAUAAGGUAAAACAAAAUAAUCAAAAGUUUGGACUUAAUACAGACAAGCUAAUAAAGUAUAUAAAUAAGGAGGCUUCUAGAACGACACAACAGAAAGAAGAAUUGGAGAAAAACUUAGUGCAAAUAAAAAGACAAAUGGAGGAGAUAGAGAGUAAGAGAAAUGAGAUCCAAUCCAAGUUUAAGAAUCUGCGCAAAAAUAAUAGAAAUGUCAAAAUUAUUAGGCGGGGCCAAAAAAAUUGUUUAAAUGACACAGUAGUGUAACUGACACUGUAAAUUAAAAAAGUCUGAAAUUUAAAAGGACUGUGAGAAGAUAUAUAUAUUUUCAUUUGGGAUUUGAAUACAGUUAGUGAGGAAGAUGACCUGGUUUGGAAGAAUAGCACAGAAGAAUAGCUAGAAGUGGGAUAAAUUAAAUUGUGAUAAUAUGAAAAGGCAGUUAAAAUAUUGUUCUUGUGAAUGUGUGUACAAAUAGUGUGAAUGUUGAUGACUUUUAGUCUUUUAAUGCUUUUUGAUGGUUUUUCCAUGUUGUUUUUUAUAAAUGUUGUGUUGUACAUUUCAGUGUGACAUUGGUUACUUAUAGUUGUGUAUGUGAGAAUUUUACAAAUUCAAAUUAAUGGUUCCGUGUAAAACUACAGAUGUACUCACUUUUUAAAUUUGUUAUAUCUUGAUUAUUCAAAUGUGUCCUGAUGACUUAAGCUUGAAAAAAUAAAUUCAUAUAACUUAUUGAAGAAAGGGUCCCAUUUUAAGUGAUUAUCAAAAGAAAGGUCAUGCAACUUCUUGUUAUUUCAACCUCAGA